GCGGCGCUGGUCGGGUGCUGGUGUCAGCUGAUUGUGCGAGGUGUUGUAAGCUGGCUGCGCAGGCUGCGUACAUUCUUGUUCCAACCAGUCGCAUGUCAACAGGUCCUGGGAUUCUGCCUAGCUAUCUGGGUCUAUGCUGGUGUAAUUGCUUUCAUUUAGCCAUCUUCAGGUCUUGCAUUCUACCGUCGGACUGAGCUUUUGGGGCGGUGUCUCGCCCAAGAACGGCCUAAUCGUGGAUCGACAUCAUCCCCUCUGUGGAGUUAGCUUGGAGGGGAAGAUCUUGGCGAUUCCUGCUGGAAGAGGAUCAUGCACCGGCAGCCAAGUGAUCUUGGAGCUUCUGCUGAAUGGAGCGUCACCGGCUGCCAUCGUCCUAUGCCAGCCAGAUGAAAUCAUCGCCCUGGGUGCCAUCGUUGCAGAGGAACUCUUUGAUCGUAAGCUCCCCGUGCUUUGCUUGGAGGAAGAUGCCUUUCACAGUCUGAGCACCUGGCGCACUGCCUCGAUCAACGGGAGCAUGCUUUGGAGAUCUGGAAAUGAAAGCGUGGACACAAGAGAGGAGGAAGAGGAACAGAUUGAGCUGAGCACCACAGACCAGCAGAUGCUCAGUGGUUCAGAGGGUCUUGCGCGCCAAAAGGCGCUAUCGAUCGUCACGCGCAUGGCUCGGCUGCAACGUGCAACUUCUCUCGUAGAUGUGACUCAGGCCCACAUCGACGGUUGUACAUACAUUGGUCCUGCAAGUCUGCAAUUUGCCCAAAAGCUCUUGGAGUGGGGUGCCACUGUGCGCGUGCCCACCACACUGAAUGCCAUCUCAGUGGAUUUGGCCCGACUUCACGAAGUCUCGGAGGAGUUGGGUAGGCCUGCAGCAUCUUUAGCGGAGGCCUACUUGAAAAUGGGAGCCAAGGCCAGUUUCACUUGUGCUCCAUACUUGCUGGAGACUGCACCAAAGAAGGGGGAACAGGUUGGCUGGGGAGAGUCCAAUGCAGUGGUCUUCGCCAACAGUGUUUUGGGAGCACGUACGCAAAAGUAUGCAGACUUCUUGGAUGCUUGUGUGGCCAUCACUGGGAGAGCACCCUUGGCAGGAUGCCAUGUGGACCGGAGUGCCGGGGUUGUACUCCAUGUGAAGAUGGAUCUGAGCAAAGUAGACGAUGCUUUCUACCCGACCCUAGGGUACCUGUGCGGCCUCAAAGCUCCGCGCUUGAUCCCAGCGGUUGUAGGGCUGGAAAGCUUGAGCCCCACCAGAGAUGAUCUCAAGGCUUUCAGUGCCGCAUUUGGUACCAGCUCCUCUGCGGCCAUGUUCCAUUUGGUUGGUCUCACUCCCGAGGCUCCAGAUUUGCAAAGUGUUCUUGACGAUGAUGUUCAGGUAAUCAACCUGGAGAAGGAGGACUUCUUGGAGGUUUGGAAAGAUCUAGAUGCUGACAGCCCUUGCGAUGUGGAUUUGGUCUCCUUGGGCAAUCCUCAUUUCUCCUUAGAGGAACAUCAACGCAUGGCUGAGUUGUGCCGUGGUCGCCAGAAGCACCCAGACGUUCAGGUGGUAGUGACCUCCGGGCCUCAGGUCUUGGAGAAGUCUCGACGUCUUGGCUUUGGCACCGAGCUGGAGGCCUUUGGUGCUCAGCUGGUGAGCGACACCUGCUGGUGUAUGCUGGGUGAGGUUGUGCCUGCUCCAAGCUCUAUCUUACCGCCCCAGAGUCGAACGUUGAUCACCAACUCGGCGAAGUAUGCACAUUAUGCACCAGGCACCACCAGCUUCAGUGAUCAAACAUCAGAGUGCAUUUCGUUGCGUUCCUCCAUGCCGUUGAUGACAACCUGUCACUUCGAUGUAUUUCGACUCAACAUUCCAAUGCCACACUGGUUCUGAUCUCCCUUGAGGUGGGGCCCACAUGGUGGGGGUGUGGCCAUGUUCCCUCCAGGGCUUGCAAGCACGGGGAUCUUCUACCUUGGCCACUGGACACAAAGCUUUGUCCAGAAUGGCUGUGAGAAUGCUACGGCACAUGGG